UAGUCUUCAAACUGCAGUCUCCAAGUCUAGUUGGAGAUAUUUACUAGUAAAAAUUUGAAUUCUACUAUCAAUUUCAUUUUUUCAUAGUGAACAUCUUUCUAACUAGAAGGGAUAGUGGAGUAGAAUUUCAAUUGAAUUUCUUUUCAAGUAUAUAGGUGCAGAUUGUCGAACUAAUAUUAUCUGAGACUGUUGAUUGAAUUACAACUCACUAAAAUUCCCUUCAAUCUCAAUUUCACUUCAUAGUAAAAUGUCAGACAACCACUGGAAAGUGUCGAUUGAAGAAGAAUUCAACAAAAAUCCCAACUUAAAAAAGGAGGACAUUGAAAGUAUCAAAAAAUGGUUAAGUGGACAGGAGCAUCUCCCGAAAAUUGCAGAUCACAGCAUAGUCAUGUUCCUCCACGCAACCAGAUUCGACGUGAAUCGAACCCAAGAAGUGAUCGACCUCCAUUUCACCUACAGAACUCUGAUGAAGGAUAUCUUCACGGAGAGAGACCCUGACGGUGAAGAUAUACAGAAAAUUAUGACUUGCUGUCGCACAGUCAUAUUGCCAGAAAAGGAUAAUCAAGGAAACUACAUCCUGUGGUCAAACAUGUUUGACUCAGAUUUGAAGAAAUUUAAAUUUGCUUCAGCUGGUAAAUUGAACAUAAUGACGUCAGACGUUCUGCAAUUGAAUGAAGGAACAAUACCUGGAGUGGUUUAUGUGUAUGACGUCAAGAAUAUGGGACUUUCGCAUCUAUUGAGUACACCCAUCAAAGUUUUAAGGCACUAUGUCAUAUAUGGACAGGAAUCGUCGCCCUUCCCUGUGAAAGCCAUUCACUUCAUCAACACAAAUCCUGUUAUGGAUAAACUAAUAAACCUUGUCAAACCCCUGAUAAAAUCACAUGUUUGGAAAAUCCAAUUCUUUCACUCCAAUAUGGAAACUCUAUAUCAACAUAUUCCAAAAGAGGUGAUACCUGAGGAAUACGGAGGCAAUGCCCCGCAUACUAGUGAGUUAGCAGAGAAAAACCUGGAGGAGAUGAGAAAAUACAGGGAAUGGUUUCUGGAAGAAGAGACAAUAAGAGUUGACGAAUCUAAACGGAUAGACAAGAAAAAAAGUGAGCAAUUGGCCAACAAUUUCAAGAAAAUGGAGCUCGACUAAUGAAAACUUUGGAAAAGAAAACGUGGCAACUAUGCCCUCCUAUCUUUUUCUCUGGCUUUGGAACGUGGAGCUUUAACCAUAAUAUAGUAUGCUGAGUAUUUUAUAGAAUAGAGUAUAUUUUAGAUAUACUUGUAUUUUUUAUAGAGUAUUUUAUAGAAUUUUAUAGUUAUUAUAUAGAAUAGAAUUAUAGUACCCUCUGAAAUGAAUACUAAGAUAAUAGAAAAAAUAAAAAUGAAAAAAAAUUUACAUUAUCAUUCAAAUUGAUAUUUUAAUUUUUAAUUUUAUAAAUAGAAGAUAGUAGCCCCAAAUCUAUACAUUACUAACUAUAUAAUAUCAUAGAGAAACAAUAGCAUAAGUAGAUAUCCCAUGUUAUAGGGCGUUUAUGUCGCAACUUUUACUGUUAUCUCAAGCCGAUUACUGUCGAUUAUUGUCGAUUUUUACUGUUUUGUUGGGGUGAGAAUGUAUGAACGGCACAUAUGAGAGACUACCAGCGUCAUU